AUGGCUAAUCCAACAACACAUGAUAAUUCUAUCGACGACAAUACAAACGCAACAUCACAGAAAUUUACUAGUAAUACCAAACGAAAGAAUAAACGCAAUAAACAAAGAUACAAGAACAAGAGCCAGCAUUUCAACAAACCUACUGAAUCUCUGCAAAAGUCACCCGAAUCUUCCAUAAUGGCAGAUGAUGAUGUUACAGACCACCAAGUACAGCAACAAACUACAGACAGAGACAAUAGCACAAAUCUUAAUAUGACAACUGUGACGACGACGACGCCGCCGCCUCCACCUCCACCUCCACCUCCACAACAUGCUCAGGAAGCCAAUGUGUACAAAUCGCCGCGAAAGGAGGCUAUUAUGCGAUACAAACAGAAUCAUGAUAACACCUUUAAUCAACUAUUCGACAUUAAAGAAAACUUGAAAUCAAAAGAAAAUGAUGAUAAACAGUCCCAAUUGCAACAGGCUACUGGUGGAAAUCAAGUGAAUAGCAACCACAACAAUGGUAAUCACAAUAUAUCUUUGGAUUUGGAUGAAAAAGUUACUCUAUUUAAAUACAAAUCGCUGAAAAUUUUGGAAUUGGUAAACCAAAACAAUGCCAAUGGCUCUUUGCUAGCACAUGGGAUAUUUGAGAUUUUCCAGCUACAUCAAGGCGAUGUGACUUAUUUGUCCUGCGGUAAUAACUUUAUUUACCCAUUAUUGCCCAAAAUCAAGGUUUUCAGAAUAAAUUCAAAUCAAUUCUUGCUACCAUUAGUCAAUCCGGAACGAUACUGGAAAAUAUUUAUAAACAGCGAAGAAUUGAAUGUAAUUAACAAUCUAAUCAACGUUUUCCAAAGAAAUGUUCAAUUUAUAAGUUUACAUGAAUCAGAAAAUAAAAAUGCUCCAGAGCCUAAGCUGCAAUUUGAGUUCACAGAUAGUAUCAACACAAAACCAAAGGAAUUGGAAUCUCCUCCAAGAAAUAUUUAUAUUUCUAACGAAAUCCCUGAUUCCCCUCCAUCCGCUCCUAUAUCUCCAGGCCACAUUCAAACUACCUUCCACCUAUCGCCACAAGGGAGAGUCGCCUCCCACCAGCAUCGACAACAACAAGGUCAGGCAUUUCCUGAUACUCUUUCACAACCACAUCUUUAUAAAAAAGAGUCAAUGCAGUCGUUGAAUACCAAUAUUGCCUGUCUCGAUAUAAACUCAAAAUUAUUGUUACACCAACCUAAACCAAAGAAGCCAUUGUCGCUGAAUCAAGCUUACAACCUUCGUCAUAACCAAAACCAAAACCAAAAUUACAACCAUAAUCACGGUCACAGCCAGAAGUACCCCGCUAUUGAUGAAAAAUCUGAGUCGUCGAUGGAUUCUUUGCUAGAUGAAUAUGAGGAGAAUAUCCACAAAUCAAUGACUAUUGCCCUGCGUCCGCAAUCACGGCAGCCAUCUAUAGUAUCGGCGCAUCAUAAACGAUUACCGGCCACUCAUUAUAAUCGAAGCCAUUAUAAUAAUCAAGGAAAUCUUAAUGAUGAUGGAGUAGCACAAUAUUAUCCUACGGAAACCCGGACUCAACAAUUCCCUCAAAGUAAUAAUGGCCAUAAUAGGAGCCGAAGAUCUUCAAAAAGUGAUUUGUAUAUUAAUGAGAGUGGUUGGAUGGAACCCAAUCUCAAUAGUCAAACUCACAAUUAUAACAAUAACAAUUAUAAGAAAAUCCCAAAAUCUCGCUCCACCUACAGUAUCAAUAGUGCUACAACUGACUUAUAUCAAAUUUAUAAAAAUAUUCCCUUGAGAAAUAGUGAAAUCGAUAGACGUGAUGAAGAUUCAAAAUCAAUCAAGUCGAUGUCGAGGUUACCUUCAGCUAGAACUUUAUCUAUAUACCAGUCUGAUAUGAAUAGGCGAAGACAAAGUGCUUAUUUUGCAUCAACUGCAAAAACAAAUCCUAAAUUGAAUAGUGAUGUCAAGUUAAAUUCGCAAGAGAUCUAUCGGAUGUUGAGUUCAAAGCCUGAUAAGCCGGUUUUGAAAACCCCCAUGAAUGACAAUGCAGUGAAAAACAGUGGUUUUGCAGCUAGAUUAUUUGGCUGGUAA